AUGGCUCCAGCAACAGUGUCCAAAGGUUGGAAGAUCCAUGAGUUCACUCCGGAAACCGCAACUCCACGGAAGCUUGCCGACGCUCUCAUCCAGGACAGUGGCUGUUUCGUACGUGGGCUCAUUCCUCUCCAAGUGAUGGAUCAGAUCGAGAAAGACGUGCGUCCGUACUUCCAGAACGACCAACCAUGGCUCGACAAAGUUGCCUUCCCCGACAAGUCACGCCGUGUACAAGGCAUUGUCAGUAGAUCCAGGGCGUGGACGGAGAGCCUCAUUGGAAACGAGCUGUAUCAGGAUACGGCCAACAUCAUCCUGUCUUCCAAAAUAGCGUAUUGGUAUGGAGACAUCCGGGUGGAAAAUGCCCAUUACCCCAAGCUCUGCAGCGCUCUGGGCUUCUCCAUUCUGCCUGGCGCCGAAGCGCAAGGUCUUCAUCGGGAUUGUACCAUUCACCACAACGGUCUGGAAGAGAUUACCCCGAAGCAGUAUAGGCCGGGCCGCGAUACGCAGUUCGGAAUGUUUGUGGGUGGUAACAAGGGAACCAAAGAAAACGGCAUCACUCGCUUUGUCCCACGUAGUCAUUUGUGGGAUAUGGAAACAAAAUCAUGUGAAGAUCAGGCGGUGUACGCGGAGAUGGAAAAAGGGGACGCAUUUUUCAUGCUUGGAAGCUGUUACCAUGGGGGAAGCGCGAACAACACGAAGGAUGAAGAGCGUUUACACGAGAAUCAGUUUUGGUCUCACUCCAAAGAAACCAUCGCCUCAUAUGACAAGCGGAUGCAGAACAUUAUUGGCUAUAGACUGAGCACUCCACUGCUGGGCUGGGUUGACUGGCGGGAUCCCAAGGCUCUCCUAGUUCCAGAAGAAGAGGCCAGGGCUUAUGGAAUUGGCUACAUCGAGGAUGAGAGGGUCGAGUAUCUCAACAUGCCAGCAGAAACCAACCGACCCGAGGUCACUGUGACGUGAGCUGGUUCAGCAGUGUUGUUGAUCGAGGUAUCGAAAUGUGUACAUUAAUCAAACUCUUCUCACAUAUGGUCAAGUGAUGGCUUUCCCAUGCGUCUAUCAUCGACGAGCCUCCAGUCGGCCUCCGCGCUCUAAUUCGUCCUGCGUUCAUUACUCUGCUUAAAUAAAUGUGGUUUCGUCGAGAAGAAGUGGGCGCUCGGCAAAUGGGUUUCUUGCUGCCUUCUCGCUGCCUUUAUAGUAGUAAAUAGCUCCUCAUAGCUAGGUACCGACAGUACCGUACUGGAUCCAUGACAUGAGUCGAAGCAGGGCUCGAAACAGA